AUGGUCAGCGUCACAGAAUUCUUCAAGCCCAAGGCGGCGAAGAGUCCUCGCUUUGCACACUUGACCAACAACACCAACCCGGUAUGGUACAAAGACGCCGGUCUUCGAAAGAAUGUGUAUCACUGCGUUGGUCUUUACCUCUGCGUCUUCUACUUGGGAUACGAUGCCUCUCUCAUGAACGGUCUCCAAGCGAUUCCUGAAUGGGAAAAAUAUUUCAACAACCCGUCAGGGGCCAUUCUCGGUUUCAUCUCUGCCAGUUUGUUCCUCCCAGCAAUCUUCACCCCAUUCGCCGCUUCUUGGAUCAACGGCCGAUGGGGUCGAAAGGUGUGUCUUGGCGUAGGGUCACUUCUUCUUAUCCUCGGUGCCUUCCUGAAUGCCUUUGCUACCAACAUUGGAACAUUCAUCGGCGGCCGAGUAAUCAUCGGUGCCGCUGGUCCCUUUGGAAAGAUUACGGGUAUCGCUCUCCUCCAAGAGUUGGCUCACCCUCGCCUACGCCCGUACGUUGCUACAGCCUACUACAGUAACUACUACUUUGGCCAGAUUGCUGCCUCCUGGUUCUGCUUCGGCGUACUGUCUUGGACAUCUUCAGAUUGGCGAUGGCGCGUGCCUUGCCUUUUCCAGGCUGUGGCACCUCUCUUGGUCAUUAUCCAUCUUUUCUUCAUGCCCGAAAGCCCCCGGUGGCUAGUCGAUCACGACCGAACCGAAGAGGCCCUCAAAAUCCUCGCAGACGAGCACGCCAACGGUGACUUGAACGACGAGCUUGUCAGGUUCGAAUACGAAGAGAUCUGCCAAGCACUCCAGGCCGAGAAAGACAAUAAGAAUAGCAAGUACUCUGACUUGGUCAAGACACCUGGUAACAGGCGACGACUCCUCGUCCUCGUCGCCAUGGGUACUGGUUCUAACUGGGUCGGCAAUGUCAUCAUCGCUUACUACCUGUCUCCUGCUCUCAAGCUCGUCGGCAUCAAAAAGGCAGACCAGAUUGCUGGAAUCAAUGGAGGUCUUGCCAUCUGGUCUUUGAUUUGGGCAUACAUAGGUGCUAUGAGUGCCGAACGAGUUGGUCGCCGAUUUCUUUGGCUUGCAGGCACUAUUGGCAUGCUCGUUUCGUACGUCAUCAUCACUGGGCUGAGCGGUUCAUUUGCCAACAGUCCCUCACACGGCGUGGGACUUGCGGUGGUCCUAAUGAUGUUCGUCUACAAGACAUUCUACUGCAUGAGUUGGUCACCAUUGCCCUUUGCCUACGGUGCUGAGAUUAUGCCCUACCAUCUGAGACUCAAGGGAUUGAGUAUCAUGCUGAGUGUGCAGAGUGUGGCCUUGACCUUCAACCAAUGGGUCAAUCCAGUGGCAAUGGAAGCCAUCGGUUGGAAAUACUAUCUUAUGUACAUUGCCUUGAUCGCCUUCUACCUUGUUCUUAUUAUUUUCUUCUUCCCAGAGACAAGGAACAUGACCAUCGAAGCAGUAUCAGUUCUCUUUGACACCGGCCGAAAAGGCGAUGCCGAAGAAGCGUCCCGAAAGCUCAACCAUGACAUCAUGGGCAAAGAUGAUGAUGCGGUUGUCCAUGUCCAUGUUGAUGAUGUUAGAAAAUAG